AUGAAGCAGAAAGAUGAGGCUUUGCAGGAGUUGGUGGCUCAUCUUCCCAAUCUUGUUAUUGAUGCUGCCAAGGGACUCAAACACCUUCCGGCUGUCCAAAAACUUAAUGGAAUUCUCAUGUUUCUAGACAUCUCAGGUUUCACUGCACUUUGUGAGGAGUUUACACAACGAAAGCAUGGUGUGGAUGAACUGACUAAAACUCUCAAUGACUAUUUGGGUCAAAUAGAAGAUUUGGUCCUCAAGGCUGGAGGUGAUGUCAUUGAAUUUGCAGGUGAUGCAAUGCUUAUUCUGUGGGAGGUAGCAUCUGUUGAGGCCAAUGUGGCAGCCAUUGUUAAGGCUAUCAUCUGUUCAAGAAAGAUAAUGAAGUCAUGCAAUAACUGGGAUACACAAGUGGAGGUACAACUUGGUGUGAAGAUUGGCCUGUCAGCAGGUGAGGUAUUCGUCACCUAUGUGGGCAGCAAGUCAACUCGUUUGUUCUCAACCAGUGGUCAAGCCGUCAUUGAUGUCAACUUAGCUGAGCAUUACUGUGAGAAAGGAAGCAUCAUUCUAUCACCAUCUGCCUGGUCUCACUGCCCAGAACGGAAAGGGAUGAAUGUGGAGAAGCUUGAUGAGGGACAUGUAAAGGUUCUUAACCUCAGGAAAACGUGGGCAGAGACUGAGUUGGCAAAAGAAGACCCACCACAGGAGCAAUUGAAAGCCAGGGCUCUUGGUGAGAUUCCACUGAUACGCCGUCUGAACCUGAAAAAUGUUCACAAACAGGAAUUGCGCCCUUUUAUUGCUGCUCCAGUUAUACAAAAGGUGGAUGAUAACCAGCCUAUGGAGUAUUUGUGUGAGAUGAGAGAUGCAACUGUAGUGUUCAUUAAUCUUUCCUUGGAUCAUGGGCAUGACCAUAGUCGCUGCAUACAAGGACUGUAUGAUGGUGUCUCUGCUGCUGUGCUGCAGUUUCAAGGAGUCAUCAAUAAGAUCUUUGAGUUUGAUAAGGGUACUAGUUUCCUGGUGCUGUUUGGUCUGCCUGGAUUCAAGCAUGAGGAUGAAGUUAGCCAUGCCUUGCAAUGCUCCAGUCAGAUAAUGACAACAUUGAAUGAUAUGAUUGAGGUCAGGCAAAUAUCAGUGGGUGUAACAACAGGCAAGGUAUUCUGUGGGGUUGUAGGUCAUCCAGAACGACAUGAGUAUACAGUGAUUGGUCCUAAAGUGAACAUGGCAGCUCGUUUAAUGAUGAAUUAUCCAGGCAAGUUAUCUUGUGAUGAGGAGACCCACCAUCGCUCAUCUAUUGACACCUCUCACUUCCAUGAUCUACCGGAGAUCAAACUCAAAGGCAUGGACAGCCCUGGACCUAUUUCAGAGUACAUUGAUUCAUCUAUGGGAAAAGACCCUUCCAUUCCAGAGGCCAAGCAUCCACUUCUGGGCUAUAUCAGUGAGUUUCAAGAGGCCCUUAAUACACUGGAGAAGGUAUGCUUCUCAGGUGAUCAUAGCCAUCCAUUGUUUCUGGUCGUUGAAGGGGAGCCAGGGGUAGGAAAGACUCGAUUCCUGAGAGCAGUCAUUGAUGCAGCUACAAACAAUUCCAUGAGAAUCAUCUGUAGCCGUCCAACAGUAAGCAGUGUGAACAACCCAUACAACACGGCAUGUUUACUGGUGACAGAGCUGCUUGAGUUAAGCAAUGUAUUCAGCCCACAUGAACGAGAACAGCUUCUAGAGGAUCGUUUUGAAGGGACAGAGAUCCUCAAUAGUUUGAGUCUGCUUAAUAAUCUCUUGGGAAUCCAGCUUGCUGUUCACGAAGCACUAUCCAAUCUCUCCCCUGCUGGUCGGACUAAAGCCCUCCAACGACUCCUUGGUCGUAUUAUCCAAGGAACUCAGUUGGACACCUUCAAUGGCACCUUGGUAGUAAUUGAUGAUGCUCAGUACAUUGAUCGCGACUCUUGGUCCUACCUUCGUUACUUUUCUGGUUACUCCAGUCUCUUUGUCAUUGGUAUGGGAGUUUUCCGUACUAAUGAGGAAAUUCCUGAAGGGGUUGAGAAGAUCUUGAACAGCCCUCUCUGUGUCCAUGUCAAGCUGGACGGUCUGGAUUCAAUCAAUAUGGAACCACUUUUGUGCCAACUGCUAGAAGUGUAUGAUGUGCCAAGGGAACUUACAAACUUGCUAGGUUCUAACUUGACAGGCAAGAUUAAUCCUUCUUGGGUGAAGCAAUGUGUAGCCAAUCUCCUGCAUCAUCAGCAGUUAGAGAUCAAUACACAGGGCAUGCUGCAUUCAUGUUCUAUCAGUAAGGGAGUACGUCUUCUUGAGCUUGAUAUACCACCAUCACUCAGGGGUUGUAUGAUUGCUUUCAUUGAUCGCCUGCCUGUUGCUGAGAGAACAUCUGUCAAGAUAGCGUCUAUAAUAGGAGCAUCUUUCGAUAACGCUGUCAUCAGUCAUCUUAUGCCUGGUGCUCCAGCAAACAAGGUUCUGGAAAGUAUUGGUGGUUUAGUGUCUGCUGGAGUCUUCAUUUAUGAGAAUGGACAACUACGAUUCCAAUCCUCUACACUGCAAGAAACAGCCUAUGCUCUCCUUGUUGAGAAACAACGACGCAAGCUUCAUGAGAGAUAUGCUGUAUAUCUGGAGCACCGCUAUCUCGGAUUCAUCAAGAAAAAGAAAAAGAGUAGGUUCAGCUUGAUCAAGAAAAAAAGCAAAAUGGUGCAACAGAGGAAACCUGCUGGUUCAGGGGAAGUUAGUCUACAGGUUGUGUAUCCCCAACUUAUUACCCACUGGCGUAAGGCAGGAAACCAGACUAAGACUGUAGAGUAUCUCAUCCAUGCUACAGAGUCUGCAGUGGCCUUGGGUAAUACCAUGCAGGCAGUAUCAUUCAUCUACCAAGCCAAAGGCCUAGUACCAACCCAAGACCAGAUUGCUCAUCUGGAUGACUUGUCUGUAAAGGCCACAACCAAUCUGUUUCUGACCAGAGUGCGACGCAAGAAGAUUUCAGUCAACAAACAGCGUUGGCAAGCAGCGGCCAGUAAAGCUCUUAAGGCUUCACGGGCUGCUAAGGCCAAGGAAGGGGGUACUCAAGGGGGAUCUAAGACUGAUCUUUACCACCGAAAACCUUUGGUGUCUAGAUUACCCCAUAAACAGAUGGAUGACGAAACACACUCUCAAGUUGCACACUCUAAGACAGUAGCAAGGGGGAAUUGGCGAAAUUGGGGGAAGAUCGUGGGCAUUUCAUUAGUGGUGUCUGAGACCAUCCGUCCAUCAAGGAGAGUUCCAAGACAAACCUUGAAGGUUAUCCCCAGAAAGAUAUCUGUUGCUGUUAGAAGGAUAUCAACCACAAAACUGAGAGAUGCUCCGCACCAUGAAUCAGGAUUCAUCUUAGAAUGUGUUUGUCCGCCAUUGCAUGAGGAUGUCAAGGAAUCAACAGUAACAAGCUCAUAA